AUGACAGAAGUUUUAAAAUCAAUCCAAGCUCGGGUACAGACUAUUGAUGAAACUUACCUUAAUCAGGUUUGCCCUAAAUUGUUGGUGACCCUGAUCGUAGAACACUUCAACUCAAAAAUGAGGGGGGUACACGAUGUCCGUUCUGUCCUGCAGAACGCUCACCAAUUUCCCGCUGCAGUAGAGGAAACAGUGGAGAGAACGACACAAUGUGGAUUCAACUAUUUCACGAACCUACAAAGCUACUAUGAGGUCCCAGAUGGAAUGGUGAGCUUUGGGGAUUUACCAAAACUCCCCCGGCCCCCUAAACAUCCCGGCACUACCCAAGAGGUGACUGCUAAAUCCAUAAAGGAUAACCCCAGAACCCUUCUUAUUUCUGCUCAUGGCCGUCGCGUACUGACCGCGAAUCCCUCUCCUUGUCUUGUGGAAUUAAGAAACAGCCUUGCAUCACAGGGUUCGAGCAGCAGUGAAAGUGACAGUGCAGAUACCACAGAAGAUUGUGGGUCCAUCAUCCCUGAAUUUAUUGGCAAAGGAUCCACCCUUCUUGUGUGGCACGAUCAAUGA